AUGCCCACGCCGCCGCCGCUCCGCGUGGCGGCGCUGCUGCUCUGCUACCUCUACCUCUCCCUCGGCCCCCGCCUGGCCUCCUCGGAGCCGGACGCCGACAAGGCGGCGCUACUGGCGUUCCUCUCAAGCGUGGGCCGGGGCGCCACCGCGCGCGCGCGCAUCAACUGGCCCACCACCCCGCUCGCCUGCUCCGCCCCCGGCGGCUGGACGGGGGUCACCUGCAGCGCGGACGGCGCCCGCGUCGUGGCGCUGCACCUCCCGGGUCUCGGCCUCUCGGGCGCGGUCCCGCCAGGCACGCUGGGCCGCCUCACCGCGCUGCAGCUGCUCAGCCUGCGCUCCAACCACCUCUCCGGCCCGUUCCCCGCCGACCUCCUCCGCCUCCCCGCGCUCGCGGGGCUCCAUCUCCACCGCAACGCCUUCUCCGGCGCGCUCCCGCGGGACCUCGCGGGACUCGCGGCCCUCCAGGUGCUCGACCUCUCCUUCAACGGCUUCGACGGCGGCAUCCCGCCCGAGCUCGCUAACCUCACCAACCUCGUCGCGCUCAACCUCUCCAACAACUCGCUCUCCGGCCGCGUACCGGAACUCGGCCUCCCCGCGCUCCGGUUCCUCAACCUCUCCAACAACCGCCUCGACGGGCCCGUGCCGGCGUCACUCCUCCGGUUCGCGGACGCCUCUUUCGCCGGCAACAACCUGACGCGCCCGGCCCAGGCGCCGCCGGUUGUUCUCCCUCCUCCGACUUCUGGCCUCGCCCCCUCGCCUCCCGCCGCCUCGAGGAGGCGGGUCAGGCUCAGCGAGGCCGCCAUCCUCGCCAUUGCCGUCGGCGGCUGCGUCCUCGGGUUCGCCGUCGCCGCGGUGCUGCUCCUGGGCUUCUGCAAUAGGGACGGCCGUGAUGACGAGACAGGGAGCGACGGCGUGGUUGUCGGGAAGGGCGGGGAGAAGAAGGGGAGGGAGUCGCCGGAGUCCAAGGCCGUCAUUGGCAAGGCCGGGGACGGCAACCGGAUGGUCUUCUUCGAGGGCCCGUCGCUGGCGUUCGACCUGGAGGACCUGCUCCGCGCCUCCGCCGAGGUCCUUGGCAAGGGCGCCUUCGGGACGGCGUACCGGGCCGUGCUGGAGGACGCCACCACGGUCGUCGUCAAGAGGCUCAAGGAGGUGAACGCCGGCCGCCGCGACUUCGAGCAGCAGAUGGAGCUGGUUGGCCGGAUUCGACAUGACAACGUCGUCGAGCUCCGCGCCUACUACUACUCCAAGGACGAGAAGCUGCUUGUGUACGAUUACUACAGCAGGGGAAGUGUAUCCAACAUGCUCCAUGGGAGGAGAGGAGAGGACAGAACACCAUUGGACUGGGAAACCAGGUUAAAGAUUGCCCUGGGAGCAGCAAGAGGAGUUGCACACAUUCACACCGAGAACAACGGGAGAUUUGUUCACGGCAACAUCAAGGCCUCCAAUGUGUUCAUCAACAAGCACGAAUACGGCUGCAUCUCGGACCUCGGCCUGGCAUCACUGAUGAACCCGAUCACCGCAAGGUCACGUUCUCUUGGGUACUGUGCACCGGAGGUCGCCGACACGAGGAAGGCAUCGCAGUCUUCAGACAUCUACAGCUUUGGCGUCUUCAUACUGGAGCUCCUCACGGGGAAAUCGCCUGUCCAGAUAACCGGCGGCGGCAACGAGGUGGUCCACCUGGUGAGGUGGGUGCAGUCGGUGGUCCGGGAGGAGUGGACUGCCGAGGUGUUCGACGGUGAGCUGCUGCGGUACCCCAACAUCGAGGAAGAGAUGGUGGAGAUGCUCCAGAUCGCGAUGGCGUGCGUGUCGAGGACCCCCGAGCGGCGGCCCAAGAUGACGGACGUGGUGAGGACGAUCGAGGAGGUGCGGCGCAGCGACACUGGGACGCGGCCGUCCACCGAGGCCUCCACUCCGGCUGCCAUUGAAGCAGCCCAGAACCGGGCGGAGAGCUCAUCGGCGGCGCAGGAACGCUGA